UUUAAAAAGUCCGGACUGCCUGUUGGUGACAGGAUAACUGAAUCGCGCGAAGAAGUCAGUUUGCUAUAUUAAAACAGUUUUCAACUUACACAAUCAGUCUGGGAACAUUGGAUAUACACAAAUAAUACGUUUCCAUAUGAGUAUGACCGUCUUCGUCACAGAAUGGAGACUUAUCACGACCAGGUUUUAGACUCACCCUCCAAAAACAGUUACAUUGGGAGCUAUUACCAGCCUCCAGACAGGGUAGUACCAAUACCAAGACAGCUGGAGAUCUCUGCACCUUCAUACAUCAGCAUAGACCCACAGACAACCAGCCUCGGGGUGUCUCAGACUAAAGCUCAUAUUGACAGCAAAGCUGUUGUUGAUGCACUGAAGACCCUCCAGGAGAAAAUAAGGCGGUUGGAGCUGGAAAGGAAGCAAGCAGAGAAGAGUUACCAGCAGUUCUGCCAUGAUACUCGAAAGCAUCAGCAGGUCACAGCAUCUUACACAAUGCCCAGUCAACCAGCUGCCAACCUGCCUGAGAGCGAUAACUCUGGCCGGAGAGAGCUGGAUUCAACGCUGCAGUCUGCAGAGGCUCGCUGUAAGGUUCUUGAGAAGCAGCUGGACUACAUGAGGAAGAUGGUUGAAAAUGCUAAGAAGGAGAGGAAUGCUUUCUUAGAGAAUCAGGCUUCACUGCAGAACCAGGAGCCGAGCAGCUCAAACACCCAAAGUCAGCGAGAUAAGCUGGAGAAACUUGAAUCAGAGUAUCUCAAAUUGAGUAGAACCCAAACUAUGGCAGAGAAGAAGCUUGCCAUUCUGGAGCAAAAACUACUGAAGGAAGAGCAUGAGCGUAAACUUGUGCAGGAGAAAGCAGACGAGCUGCAGAGGGAGCUGGACAUCAGCCUUAAAUUGUCUAUGCCAACUUCUGAAGAGAUAAAGCCAAAGAAGAAAACAAAAAAGACUAUAAAGAAAACCUCUAAACAGAAUGAGCUGGCAUCACCAAGCGGCCCAAGAUCCAAAAAAAUGCCCUUUGUUGCAGGAACGUCAUUAAGCCCGAGCCAUUCAGUCCACGCCAAUGUGCAAAGUGUCCUUCACAUGAUGAAGCACCACCACCCCCAGCUGUGCGAACGAGUGAGUGCUCUGCACAGAUCUGGCUGUGGAGCCAAGAAAAGCCUCCAGAAGGACUUUUCUCCGUCUUCCACUGCCUUUAAAAAGCCUGACAGCUUGCCCGAGCAAGCAGAUCAGUCACUGAGCUCACUGUCAGACCUGCUCUUGGCUCUGCAGGAUGAGCUAGGACAGAUGAGCUUUGAGCAUCAGGAGUUGGUGCGUCAGAUCGAUGCAGCCCAACAUCGGGAGCAGAAGCAGGACCUGCAGAGAGAACUGGAGAGGCUGGUGGCCAGGAUGGAAGAGAAAGGAGUUCAGAUCACUAAGCUCCGCAAACACCAGCAGACAGUCCAUAAACUGACCCAGAGUGCCGAGGAACAUGCAGCCAAGAAGCCGAGCGGGAUCAAGCCACCGGUUCCUUCUCUUGUCAAGGCCAAACAGAAGGGAAAGAAAGGUGGGACCGCUCACACUAACCUGCAGCUUCUCCGAGAGACCCAGAAGUUCAAAAACAGCCUCAAACAAGACGACCUCUCCUGGGAAACAUGAGGUUCUCUGCAAGGCACUUCUGUGUGCAGGCUUUGAUCCUACAGCUGGAUGAGCCAUAAGACUCCCCUUGGUUCCUUUCCACUUGUUUUCCCUUCUCUUCAAACAGCCCCUGGGAUGUUUUGAGUAGCAAAUGAAAAGCAGGAAUAAAGUGUUUUAUACAGCACUUUAUAAUGUGUUGAUCAUAAAACCUAUUAAGCAAUCUGUGAUCUUUCACAUGCAGGGUCCUUCAUAGGUAGAGGGUAUAGUUUAUGAUGACUUUAACCUGCUUUAAAAAAUGAUGUAAAUGAAGUGUGUUUCAUUAAGUAUAUCUGAUCUCAAAUGAUGCUGGACUAAUCUAUUUUUAUUAUUUUGAAUUUUUAAUAAAGCUUAUUCUCUUUACAUAUUUCAGAUACAUCUUUAUUCACAUUUUACUUCUGGCAACACAACAGCUGCACCAUUGUUUGUCAUGCUGAGAACCACUAGGUGGCAAUGCUCAGCUUGUGUCUAUGUUACAUACGUGAAGGGUUUUUACCCAUGACACACCAUA